AUGCCUGCACCAACAGCUUUGUUGAGAAGGCCGGAAGAGCUUGCUGAAGCUAUCAAUGUGCCACUUCCAAAUCAAAACCAAGACGAUGAGUUUCUAUUAGAUGCACCAGAAGUUACCCUCGCGGAAUUGGACACCAUCUUGCCUCAAGCCGGCGACGAUAGCGAGAUGCACAUUGAUGAAGAAGGACGACCUCGAUUUGCACCAGCCAAGAAUAUUGACCUAGCAACUCGAGCAGAAACCCGCAAAGUGCCCAUUCCUCCGCACCGCAUGACCCCCCUCAAGGCCUCCUGGCCCAAGAUCUACCCUCCCCUUGUCGAGCACCUCAAACUUCAAGUUCGCAUGAACAUCAAAAACAAAGCAGUAGAACUCCGUACCUCUAAACAUACUACCGAUACCGGAUCCCUGCAGAAGGGUGAAGAUUUCGUAAAGGCCUUCUCGCUAGGAUUUGACGUUGAUGACGCUAUCGCAUUAUUACGACUUGACGAUCUUUAUAUCCAGACCUUUGAAAUCAAGGAUGUGAAAACCUUACAAGGCGAGCACUUGGGAAGAGCCAUUGGUCGUAUCGCAGGCAAGGAUGGAAAAACCAAGUUCGCAAUUGAGAAUGCGAGUCGCACAAGAGUGGUUCUUGCAGACAGCAAAAUCCAUAUUUUGGGAGGCUUCAAGAAUAUCCACAUUGCAAGAUCAGCAAUCGUCAGUCUGAUUUUGGGAAGUCCACCUGGAAAGGUUUACGGUAACUUGAGAACCGUGGCGAGUAGAAUGAAAGAAAGAUUUUAG